GCUCUAGAGCCAACAUCGUUUCAGAGUCCCAUCUGAACUCCGUAGCGUGAUAGCAGAGGGCGGCAGCAGCAGCAAAUCCCUGCUCCUUCCUCCUCCCCGGCCCCAAAACCGCACAAACCCCUGCUCCUCCUCCCGCCGCCGCCGCCGCCGGGGCACGCCGGGAUGCAGAAGCCAGUGGCCUCCGUCGUCUCCCUAUGUCCGCAGCUAUGGCACCGCCACUUCCGUCGCGCUCCCCUCCUCCCCCGCGCCCGCGGCCUCCCCUCCUCCUCUCCUAUCCUCACACGCCGCCGCUCCGUACUCCCCCGUUCCACUUCCACUCACCUCGCCGCGGUGUCAACCGCUGCCGCCGCCGCCGCCGCCCCAUCAGCCACACCGUACCCAGUGUACGAUCGGCUUCUGCCGUGCCCCUUGCAGGACGACCCUCCGAGAAUCGAGCACCUCGUGGCUCGGGAGGACGAGGUGGCAGCCGAUUUCAUCGCCAGGUCGCUCGGCCUGCCUCCUCUGUAUGCUGCAGACCUCAUCGAGUUCGGUGCUGUGUACUACGCGCUCGUCGCCCCGCAGCCGCCUCCCUACGCUUCUCCGGAGCAUUUUAGGCUCUUUCGGGAAGUCACCGAGCCUUCCGUCCUGCGCCGGAGGGCGUCCAUCAAGGGGAAGACGGUGAGGGAGGCUCAGAAGACGUUCCGGGUGACGGACCCCAACCAGCGCCUCGAGGCCGGCACCUACCUGCGGGUUCAUGUGCAUCCUAAACGGUUUCCAAGGUGCUAUCAAAUUGACUGGAAAUCCAGGGUAAUAGCAGUCGCUGAUGAAUACGUUGUUCUUGAUAAACCUGCCGCAACAUCAGUGGGCGGAGCAACUGAUAACAUUGAGGAAUCCUGUGCAGUCUUUACUUCGCGUGCAUUAGGAUUGGAAACGCCAUUGCUGACGACUCACCAGAUUGACAACUGCUCUGAAGGCUGUGUGGUACUAUCUAAAACGAAAGAGUUCUGCUCUGUUUUCCAUGGACUGAUAAGGGAGAAACAGGUUAAAAAACUCUAUCUUGCACUUACUACAGCACCUGUGUCAACAGGAACGAUUACCCAUUAUAUGCGCCCAGUUAAUCGCGCUCCUAGAUUAGUUUCUGAAGACUGUAUUGAAAGAUGGCAUCUCUGUCAAAUGGAGGUACUCGAUUGUAGCAAGGUACCAUGGCCAAGCUCUUCGAUCAGGAAAGCUUACAAUGUAAAUGGUUGUGGGUGGCCACAGCAAGAAGCUGCUUACGAAUGUAAAAUCAAUCUCUUGACAGGGAAAACUCACCAGAUAAGGGCACAGCUUGCUGCUAUAGGCGCUCCUAUUAUAGGGGAUUCUGCAUACAUGACUGCAGCAAUGGCAGCGAUGGCCAACCCAAGCAUAAACCCAUUCGGUAGAGAGAGGCUGAGUUACAACAGUGAAGAGGAGAAAGAAGCCGCCGUCGAAGCAUGGAUUGCCUCCCACGGGAAGGAACCAAAAUCCGUAAUUGGGCUGCAAGCGUCAGAGAUCUCUUGGGAUCACGAGGGCAAGCACCAUUCUUACAAGGCUGGAGUUCCGUGGUGGUGGCAGGAUCCUGACUCCUGAGUGCGAUGGUGGAUUGGAUGGGGGAGUUCCAUAUGAACCCCUGGAAUCUCGCCUUUUUAGAGGACAGAUGUUUUUCUACAUUGUUCCGAGUGCUGAGCGACCACUGUCCAACACGAACAUUGGUUUGGUUUGGUUGCUGCGCAGAAAUUGUUGGGUCACCGAAAACUGAAUUUGGGCUUGGGAGAUGAAACUAAGCCCGAGUCUGAGCUCUCGACCAGGCCAACACGAACACCACACCAGAGCUCCUUCAACUGGGAAAAGCAGAUCCAGGCCAACACGAACAUUGCUUUGCUGUUCAUUCUAGGGCAUGCAACGUCAUUCGUUCUAUGACUGUAGCUGUAUGGUUGUGUGCAAGGCCUAGCUUCUAUUUGGGACAGCUCUCAAUAAUAUUCCCUGGAGAUUGAGUUGGGGUGAGACCGUCUCUCAUAAAGUCAGUGACCGAAACAUCAAAUUUUUUAAAGGCAAGCAUCUUAAAAUCGAU